UGCAAACCACCUCGCGUGCGAACGUUCAGAAACGUGCUAGCGUUCCAAGUGAAUGGACGUGUGAAGUGUGAUCAUCCUACAGAAGCAACCAGCUGUUUGUCAGACUUUGUUGUGUCUCCUAGCAGCAGUCUUCUGGUCUGCUUUGUUUGCACUGUUGAUAACUAAACAAAUCGUGCUUCACGGGCAUAUUAAGCACCCAACCAACCGAAGUAAAAAGCUUUGUGGUGAUAGAACAGAGAAGAAGGGAAACAAAAGCAUUCCUAAAACACACACACACACACAUCAUGAGCAGCAAAUCGGCAGUGAUAAUUCUUCUAGCGGGAGCUAUUUGUUUCACGUUGAUGCCAACGUUGACCCGGGCAGCUGAGUUUGGUAACUGCGCUAAUGAAACGGCCAUCGGACGAUACAGUUUGGUUGAGGUGUCGAACUGUGCCGAAAGUGAUGCAUCCUGUGUUCUGAAGCGCAACUCGAAUGCUACCAUUUCCAUCACCUUCACCAGUGGCGAAGACUUGUCGCAGCUGAAAGCGGUCGUGCAUGGAAUCAUUCUUGGCAUGGAAGUGCCUUUCAAGCUACCCAAUGAUAAUGGCUGCAAGGACAGUGGACUCGAAUGUCCGCUUACGAAGGAUACCAGCUAUCGUUACAGCACUACACUGCCCGUUUUGAAGCAGUAUCCAAAGGUUUCGGUUGAGGUGAAGUGGGAGCUUAAAGCAGGUGACAAGGAUGUGCUUUGCGUGCUAAUCCCUGCCAAAAUACAGUAAACACAAGUAAGCAGUUCAACAUUCUCAACCUCAUACAGUACCUCCCGCGGUGUCCUCUUGGAGAAAAGAAGGUCAAACACGUGCCUUCCUCAAAAACGUCUAUUGCUUUUUCCCAGCGCAAGAUGCGACCAUUUCCGGUAACGAAACAAAUUGCAAACGAACAAUACCCAAGCGAUCCGGAUGCAUUGGGUAGUAGCGUCAACAGACCAUCAGACAGAAAACGCCAAGCAGAAGAUGAACUAAACAACUGUAAAUGGUUCAUAUGCUUCCCGAAACGCAGACCACCAGAACAGUGACACACACACACAUCCAACUGAUGCUGGUGGUACUUCUUAAUCUGUUAAUUAGAUUACAAUUGAACGUGUAGUCAAUCUAAUAAAAUUCAUCCAACUUUA